AGAAAAGUUAAUGGCUUCAGGGUUCACACUGGACUCAGCCUCUCUCUCUCUCUCUCUCUCCCCCUCUCUCAAUCUCAAGAUCAAAGCUCUGGACUUUUGUAGGGAGCAUAGAGGUAGAAGAAGGCGGAAAAAUGGGGUUUUCUCCUCGUAGCUCUCUCUCUCUUCCACUGAGCUUCGUUCUCCUGUUCUUAGCUUCCAGAGGUUCGCUUGGCUCGACGUUCACGUUCGUCAACCGCUGUGGCUCCUCCGUCUGGCCGGGCAUUCUGGCUAAUGCGGGCUCACCUGCGCUCGCCACCACCGGCUUUGAGCUCCCCAAGGACACGACACGCUCCCUCCAAGCCCCGACCGGUUGGUCCGGCCGGUUCUGGGCCCGUACCGGAUGCGACUUCGACCGCUCUGGUUCCGGCUCGUGUGCGACCGGAGACUGUGGCUCCGGUCAGGUCGAAUGCAACGGUCUCGGCGCUGCGCCGCCCGUGACCCUGGCGGAGUUCACGCUCGGCUCCGGAGGCAAUGACUUCUACGACGUUAGCCUCGUCGACGGCUAUAAUCUCCCGAUGGUGGUCGAAGUCUCCGGUGGUUCCGGCGAGUGCGCCGCCACAGGAUGCACAACCGACAUCAACCGGCAGUGCCCGGCGGAGCUACGCGUCGGGGACGGCAACGCGUGCAAGAGCGCGUGCGAGGCCUUCAGAAGCCCCGAGUACUGUUGCAACGGGGCGUACGCCACGCCUGCCACGUGUCGGCCGUCUGUGUACUCGGAGAUGUUCAAAGCGGCGUGUCCUCGUUCGUACAGCUACGCCUACGACGACGCCACCAGCACUUUCACUUGCUCCGGCGGAGACUACACCGUCACGUUUUGCCCUUCCUCCCCCAGCCAGAAAUCGGCAAGUUACUCGGCGCCGGUGACAGGCUCGUCCGCUGCCUCACAAGGGUCGGAUCCUGUGCCCGGAUCCGAAAUGGGGUACUCGGGUCAGGGAUUUGGAUACGGGUAUCAAGGAACCGGGUCGGAGUCGGGUCAGACCAUGCUGCAGGAGCAGGACGGCUCGUGGUUGGCUGGUCUCGCCAUGGGUGGCUCACCAAGAGCGACGGGCUCUCCUCCGGUGGCGACGCUGCUCUCCGCAUUUACCGUUAUGCCCCUGCUGUAUGGGUUUAUUUACUUGUAGCCCUUUGGUCUCGUACGCUUGUCUAUUUCCUCCGUCUUUUGGGUCUUUUCAUUUGUCCGAAAAUGUUGGGCCCCUUCUGUAAGUGUUUUUUAAAAAUGUUUUCUUCGAUUUGCCCAAAACGAUUAGGUGCAUUUUGAUAGAA